AUGGCAGCCUCCUUUCAAACCGCGCAGGUGCUGAUCGGACAAGCUGGCAAAUACAUGAUCGUGAAGCAAAAUCAAGCCCACAAAGAUGUCAUUAUCAAGAGUGUACAGGGCCAUCCCCGCGUGGCCAAUGAGCGCCAUGUGCUCAAGAUCUUUACACCGCGAUCCAAGUAUAUCCCACCACUACUGGAUGAAAUAGUAGAGCCUGCGGAGCCUACGACAAUUGUUCUCAGCCACUUACAAUCGACCCUCCUACAAUCUUCAGUCAGGCAGAAGCUAAAUCGUACAGAGCUUAAAUACAUCUGCCAUGGCGUGCUAGAAGCUCUGGCCGUUAUGCAUAGCGAAGACGUUAAAGCCGACAACAUCCUGGUAAAUGAACAUUCGGAUGUGACCAAUCGAUUUACCGAUGUUCGAUUAGCGGACAUGGGCAACUCGUACCCAGAGACUCAUAAGUACGCUUUAGACGGCCAGCCUAUUGGUGCUCCCAUGUGGUCCAGUCCGGGGUUGAUCAGCCUCAUCUAUGGCCGUGACUUCAACAUUUAUGACCCUCCAGACGUCCCCACGGAUCCUAUCGACGAUUACAAAUUUGCGGUUCUUCGGAGACAAGUCGAGAUAUUUGGCCCUUUCACAGUCAAGUAUGAGGGAAUCGCCAACGAGGAUGUAAUGGAACUUAUUAUCUGGAUGUUGGAGAACCUCAAGGAAAUCAGGACCCCCUUUCAAAGCAUUACGGACAGCGAGAUCUGUCAGAAGGACAAGGACUUCAUCAGCUCGAUUAUGAAACUCGACCCUCGAGACAGACCGACAGCCGCAGCCAUUUUAUCGCACGAGUGGUGGCAGCAGGAAAAAAAGCCACGGGGUGUUGGGGGGGGGGGCAUCCGGAGAAAGUAUGCAACUUGA